UUAAUUUCCUCAUCUCUAAAAUCUCAAUUAAUAUCCAUAUGGCAAAGUGUUGUUGUUGCUGUGAUGAAACCACAGUGAAAAAGGGUGUGUGGACACCUGAAGAAGAUCAAAAGCUUAUUGAUUAUGUUAAUAAAUAUGGCCAUUGGAAUUGGAGAAGACUUCCCAAAUUUGCUGGUCUUUUGAGAUGUGGGAAGAGUUGCAGAUUAAGAUGGAUGAAUUAUUUGAGACCUAAUAUUAGGAGAGGAGGCUUUUCCUUAGAAGAAGAAGAAACUAUCAUCCAAAUGUAUGCACAAAUAGGUGGCAGAUGGUCUACAAUGGCGGGUGUAAUGCCAGGAAGAACAGACAAUGAUAUAAAGAAUCAUUGGAAUACAGUUUUAAAGAGAAGAGUGAUGAAGCAGCAGAUUGAGAAGAAGAAAAUGUUAAUAAAAUUGGCAAACAAACCGCCGUUGCCGCCGCCCACAGCGACCCAAAUUAAUCCAAUUCAUAAGGUGUUUUCCAUGGAAAUUGAGAGGUCAAACAAUAACUCUACUCUCAUUAUGAACCCAACGACUGUAGAGAUCAGUGAGCAAAUUGAGAGUAACGUUGAAUCACCAACCGCCGGAAAAUAUUAUAUGGACAUGGAGCUGGUGGAUGAGAGGCUGCCGGAGAGUUGCACCGGUGAUUUUUGGACAGACCCUUUAUGGAUGGACAAUUCUUUUGACAUGGCAUUUGAUUACCAAUAUCAAGGCCUUGGAGAUUCCAUUAAUGUUUUGAAUUUAGGGUUGGAUGAAUAUCUUUUGCAAGAAGGCAUAUACUAAUAGGGGAAGAAAAACACACAAUUCUUUUUUGGGAUUUUGUAGUCUUUUGGUUGUGGGUUUAGAUUUAGAUAGAUGUAUUUUAAGAGAAUAAAGGGGGAAUUUUCAUAUGUUACUUUUUUUUGGUUUUCUCUGAGUCAUUCCCUUCCCUCCAUAUUGUUGGGGACAAAAGUAUAGUGAAGUGAAGUUGAAUUUUGAAGUUUUUUAAGGAUGU